AUGACGUCCGGCUGUUGGACCUGCAAGCUUAGGCACCGCAAGUGUGAUCUCCGAACCCCGACCUGCAGGGAGUGCAACGACCGAUGCAUCCCGUGCUACGGCUUCGGUCCCAAGCCUUUGUGGAUGGAUGGGGCUGCUGCCGAGCGACAAGAGCUCACGCGCAUCAAGAAGGCCGUCAAGCAGAAUCUGCGGAAUCUUCAUAUUCACAAGUCUCAGGUCCACGAUUGGCAAGUGGAUAGGGACUCGACACUGUUUGUUGAAGCAUCAUCUACUACUUCACAGGCUCUAGUUGAGAGUGAGAGUCUGUUGACACUGCUAGCUGAAGUUGCUACGGGUUUGCUGUCUCCUAUGCUACUGCGUGAUGAGCACAACUAUAGUUUAGAGCCUUCCCCUGUGGAGGGGGGUUAUUAUGGCCAAAGCCACAUUGGAGACGAUGGGAAUGCACCAACCCAUCUGCGCCGCCCACAGCAGCCAGCAUACUUAUGUGGCUUCCGGCCAGAUUCAGCAUCUCUUGUUAUGCACUAUCUCGACUAUGUAUUUUACUGGCAAUAUCCUUAUUUCCGCCCCAAUUCCCACUUGGGCAAUCGAGGCUGGCUUCUCCCGUUCCUUAUCAACGGCGGGCCUUUGUAUUACGCCGCCCUUGCGCUCUCGGCCUUGCACUGA